AUGAUUCACCCUUCCUUGGCCGGCCUGCCAGGCGCCGGCGGCAGUGCUGGCGGCAGCAAGCAGCAGCCCAGCUUUGUGAGCAAGCUCUACUCCAUGCUCGAGGACGAUUCCAUCGAAGACAUGAUCGCUUGGGGUCCCUCGGGUACAGUCUUUAGCGUGGCCAACCCAGCCGAGUUUUCUCGCAUCGUGCUGCCCAACUGGUUCAAACAUUCCAACUGGCAGUCCUUCGUCCGCCAGCUCAACAUGUAUGGCUUCCACAAGGUCAAUCACACCUACCAGGGCACGCCCGACGACGAGAUCCAGGUCUGGGAAUUCAAGCAUCCAAGCUUCCGCAGGGGCGAGAUUCACCUCCUCAAUGACAUCAAGCGAAAG